AUGUCUACAAUACACGAAUUAUCAUCUCUAAUGACACUUCCAGAAAUGGAUGUGUUUGGAGUACCACCAACACAACUAAUGAUUGAACGUGAUGUUCAAACUGAACACCGUCCAAUAAGUACAUUAUCUAAUUCAACAAAUACUAUUGAAUUUGAAAUACAUACAGUGAAUUAUUCAUAUGUGUCAUAUAUUGACACUCUUCUUAACAGUAAUAGUGAUGCUAGAAAUACACAUUUAGAGACUGCAUUUUGGCAUAAAGAUGAGACACCUAUGGAUUCGGUAAAUGAGAUAAGAAGUAGUCGUAUACGACCGUCAGGUAACUCAUUAUCUGACGGGUGUGAAGUCGAAAUGUAUGGCAAUUUGCACAUUGAUUUAGCAUCGCAAGUAAAGUCUUUACUUGGAGGGGUCACACUGAAUAUUAAAAUUUACCCACAAGAUCCCAAGUUUUAUUUAAUUUAUGAUAAAACAUUGAUACCAACAGUUGAAAUAAUGGACGUAAGAUUGUUUAUGCAUAAAUCUAUUGUUAACCCACAAGUAGUUGUGGCACACAAUAGAGCACUUGAAAGUGCUAAUGCCCGCUAUUUUAUUACACGAAAGGAAGUAAAGACAUCAAUUAUAGCUAAAGACACAUUAGAUUGUUAUUUAAAUAAUGUCAUCAAUGGAGUGAUUCCUAGAAAAAUAUAUAUUGGUUUUGUUAGUAACGAAGCAUAUAAUGGUUCAUAUAAUAUGAACCCAUUUUAUUUUAAAAAUUACAAUAUCCGACACAUUGCAUGCUAUGUUGAUGGGACUCAAUAUCCACACAGACCAUACACACCAGACUUUGCAAAUAAAAAAUAUAUGCGUGAAUAUUUUGGAUUAUUUGAAACAGCAAAUCAAAUCAAACACUCAACAGAUAUUGACAUAACACGGGAAGAGUAUGCUGAAGGUUAUACACUAUUUGGAUUCAAUUUUACACCGGAUUUAUCUGAUGGAGUAGCAAAAAGUGGUUAUGUAUCAACUGUGGUUAGAGGUAACUUACGAGUUGAACUAAAGUUUGCCUACCCUAUACAAGAGACUGUAACUGCAAUCAUAUUCUGCGAAUAUGAUAGUUGUGUAGAAAUAGAGAGCUCAAGAUUUGCUAUUAAAAAUUUUCAAUAA